AAUUUUCAUCCGAAUUCGUCCGAAUCAGCAGACGUUUUGCAACGUAUUGAAACAGGAGACUGGUUCACUAUGGAUCAAUUAAUUGCUUGUGUGCAAAAAAACAAGUGUUUGUGGGACACAAGCGACAAAAAUUAUAACAAAAGAGACAUUACUCGGAAAACAUGGGAGAAGGUUGCUUCAGAACUUAACACUAGCAUUUCAGGUAAACUAGCCAAAACUAAGUGGCAAGGUUUGAGGGACACAUUUCGCAAGGAAUUGAGCAAGAAUCCUAAAAAACGAAGUAGAGACGAAGGUAGAAGGAUCAAAGAGUCCAAGUGGGUCCAUUUCGAAAGCAUGAAAUUUUUGAAGGACCAAUUACAAUUUUCUCCUGAUCCUGCAGAAGACGAACCAGAGUCACGAACACAAUCUCUCGUACGACCCCAGUACACAAGAGAUGAUGCCAGCCCUGUUAAUGAAUUGAUAAUGUUUGAAGAAGAAGAAUUAGAAAUAUUAGAAGAUAAAAAUUCACCUGUUAAUAAAUUGAUAAGGCUUGAAGAAGAAGAAUUAGAAAUAUUCAAUGAAAGAAAUUCAGCUGUAAAUAAAUUGAAAAAGCUUGAAGAAGAGGAAUUAGAAUUAUUCGAAGAAAGAAAUUCAGCUGUUAAUGAAGCGAUAAUGUUUGAAGGAGAAGAAUUAGAUAUAUUCGAAGAAAGAAAUUCACCUGUUAAUAAAUUGAUAAGGCUUGAAGAAGAGGAAUUAGAAAUAUUCAAUGAAAGAAAUUCAGCUGUAAAUAAAUUGAAAAAGCUUGAAGAAGAGGAAUUAGAAAUAUUCGAAGAAAGAAAUUCAGCUGUUGAUGAAUUGAUAAUGUUUGAAGGAGAAGAAUUAGAAAUAUUCGAAGAAAGAAAUUCACCUGUUAAUAAAUUGAUAUGGCUUGAAGAAGAGGAAUUAGAAAUAUUAAAUGAAAGAAAUUCAGCUGUAAAUAAAUUGAAAAAGCUUGAAAAAGAGAAAUUAGAAAUAUUCAAUGAAAGAAAUUCACCUGUUAAUAAAUUAUUAAGGCUUGAAGAUGAGGAAUUAGAAAUAUUCAAUGAAAGAAAUUCACAUGUAAAUAAAUUGAAAAAGCAUGAAGAAAAAGAAUUAGAAAUAUUCAAUGAAAGAAAUUCAGCUUUUCAAAGAUCGGAAGAUCCGGACUAUCAUUUCCUAAUGAGUUUGCUCCCAUAUUUGAGGAAAGUACCGGACGAAAGAAAAAUGUUCGUGAGGACUAAAAUCCAACAGGUAUUUUGCGAAGAGGAGGAGAGAUUAAGAGCUCCAAAAUGAGCACAGCCAAUCCAUUGCUCAUUGAUUUUCCUCGUAUCCUCAAUUGACGAAUGAUAGUUCACUAGUGAAAACCCCAUUGAGUGUUUCUGAACUUGAUGACAUUGUUUCGUUCUUUUCAGCAGUAACGCGUGACCGUGAAUAUUAUUAUUGAAAAUGAUAGUUAUUUUUUUGUUCAA